UAAAGUAUCAUGUUUGUGUUUACGUAACAUGAUUAGCUUAAUUUAGUUUUUACUAUUAAAAUUUAAUUUUAGUAAAAUUCGAUAUGAUCACAUUUAGAUUUAAAUUGAAAAAGUAAAAUUAAGCUGUAAAUUCAAACAACGCUUUGGAUUCAAAAAUAAUAAUAAAUCUUGAAAAAAGUAUUAAAAUAAACUUUUUUUUUUAAUUUAUUUUUAUUAUAAAGACUUUUCAAAUGGCAGACUUAUCAAUAUCAGAUGCACUCAAGUUAAUAUACCAAUUGCAAAAUUAUGUUGUCCAUAAAACAGAGAAAAUUGAAUUUUUAAUAAAAGAGUUAGAUUUACUUCGUAGUGAGUGUGAAGCAUUAAGAAAAGAAGUUCAAAUUUUAAAGAAAGGUUCCUUAUGCAAGUGUAUGGUCAAUACUGUAUCAGAAGUCUCCGAUAUCUCUAAUACUAAUAUCAGGAUAGCUUCUCAUGGAGAAAGUACUUUAUAUGAUAUAGUAAAUAUAUCAAGAGAUACAGGUGGACCUGCUUUAAAUAAUGAAAAUGUUACUUUCUCUUCCCCCAAACUAGCACGCUCAUCGAGACUUCGAAAUCUUCCUCGUGAUAGUUCAAGUAUUUAUCAGCUUUCUUCAGAUCUUCGCGAAAAGGCUAUUGAAUGUUUAGAGAAUAAAUAUGGUGGUAAAGAGAAAGCUAAUAGAGCAGCUAAAGUUAUUCAACACCACUAUCGUCGCUGGAUUAUGCAUAGAAGUUUUCAGAGAAUGCGGGCAUUUUCAGACAGAAAAAACUCUUUAACAAAAGCUCCUGGGAAUUAUUUUAAAAAGCUACAGCAAACUUCAUUAGUUUUUUAUGGUCCGGAAAAUCCUGUAAUGAUUGUUGAUGAUAACGAAUGUCAGUUAGAUAAUAAACUAAGCAUUUCAUCAUCUGAUUCAGAGGAACCUUCAAGUGAUGCUAUUGAUGGGUCAAACAGUGACUUAUCCAAUAAUACUACAAAUGAAGCUGUAAUAAAUAACUUUGAGCAAUUUCAUAUUGAUGGAACAAUUCCUGAAGAACUGGAAAGUUCCUUAGAAAAUAAGGACUUAGAUGAGUCUCAAUUGGAGAAAACUAGUAUUAGCAGACUGAUGAGCGAUGUAAGUGAUCCCUACGCAGAAGUGGAGUAUGAAGAUACUUGCAAUGACUAUGAUAUCAUUGAAGAUUCGACCAUUUCAGAGAUAGAUGAUAAACAUGUAAAGUUACAAGAUGGUUCAAGCUUUGUGGUAGAUAAAAUUUAUGAUUGUGAUUAUACGGAUGGCUUUUCUAUGAAUGAUAGUUUAAUUUUACCAGAAAAAUUUCAGCCAACAGUUGAUAAGUCAACACAUAAGCGUCAGUUUCGAAUCGGAGUUAACUUAUUUAAUUGGAAACCAGAAGUAGGCAUCCAAUAUCUAAUCGACAAUGGCCAUAUGGAAGGUGACGAGAAAAGUAUCGCUGAGUUUUUUAGAAAAGAAACAAUGAUCUCAAAGCAAAAAAUUUCAGAAUACUUUGGCAACUUGCGUAAUGAUUUUAAUAUGAGGGUGCUUUAUGAAUUUGCAAAAUCGUUUGAUUAUGUGGGCAAAGCAGUUGAUGAAGCACUUCGUCAAUUUCAGUCUUAUUUCAAACUAACUGGUGAAGCUCAAACUGUUGAAAAAUUUUUACAGGUUUUUUCAGAACGCUAUGUGGAAUGUAACCCUGGGUAUAUUUCUGAUAAUGCUGAUACAAUUUUGCUGCUUUCAUUUGCUCUUGCUAUGCUUAAUACUGAUCUCCACAAUCAGAAUGUCAAGCAAAGAAUGACCAUAGAUGAUUUUUUGAAAAAUUUACGUGGAACAGAUAAAGGAAAUGAUUUGAAUCAUGAAAUGUUAAAAGAAAUGUACCUUAGAAUUCAAAAGAAUGAGUUUGCAACUGGCGCUGAUCAUACAACACAGUUGCGACAAAUUGAGAACAGUUUUAUUGGCAAAGUUCCAAAUAUUGCUGCAUGUCAUCGACAGUUUAUAAAACUUUUUCAAGUCGAACAAGUCUAUGAUCCUAACCGAAAAGAUAAGCCUCACAAUCGACUAGCAUUUUUGUUCAAUGAUUUGUUGCUACUUGCAAAACCACGUGGAAAAACUGGUGUUCAUGGAUCUGGCCAUGUUUUUAGUUGUAAAGCAUCUUUUUCAUUACUUGAAAAAUGUGUUGCUGUAUUCUCCAAUGAAAAUUAUAAAUUUGGAAUUUUAUUAUCUGGAAAAUUCGACAAAAAAGUGGUGGCAGCUUUCAACACUAAAGAUGAGAAAACAAGAUGUUCAUUUGUUGAGGAGCUUGAUGAAUAUAUAAGAGAGACAACUGGUAUUGAAAAUAUACGAAUCGCUCUUAGUAAAUCGAAACAGUUGUCUUGGCACAACAUGCGAAAAGAAGAUCGCACAAAAUCUCUGAUGCUUGACCAGAGUGUACAAAUAAAAAAAAGCAUAGAGACAAACAGCUUGAAUGAUUUGCAUUUAAUUGGAAAAUCAACUAUUAAAUCUGGUGUGUUUUCUUCUAUGAGUGACAUUAAUGCUUCUAGUGGUAAGAAUGACAUACACAAAGGAAAUAUAGUAAGAGCCAAUAGUGCAACCUCAAUUGUUACAAGUUCUAGCUAUAAAACUGAAAGCGAUACCCAUCAUUCUCGACAAUCAAUCUUCGGAAAUUGGCCUCAUAAGUUUCGUAAAUCCGCUGGUCCGACUUCUAAUACCAUUCAAGAUAAAAAUUUAAAAACGUUGGUAUUGCGUCAUCCUGGAUCUCCUAAAUUACGCGAAUAUAAAUUACCCGAAAAUUUAGAUGAAGGAGGCUCAAAAUGGUUCCUUCAUUAAACCUUCAACCUAAACUAAUAUACUAUAUUAUUAUUUGGUUGAAGAAAAAAAACGAGUUCAUUUUUUGUUUGGUUGAUAAAAGUUUUUUGUUAUCAUGACGAAAUAUUAUUUUUAAACUAUAAUGAAUAUAUUUUUUUUAUUAAUUAUUAUUUUUACUAGUCCUGCUCUAUUUGAUUUGAGUUUUUCAUUUAUAAACACCCCUUGUCAUUUCUACUGAAGCUUUGACGAGUAAGAGAUUUCUUUACUUUUUUAUGUUAUAGGUUAACAUCGCCAUUAAAGUAUGGUCUACAAUUUUUUAUAUACGUUUAAAAUUUGUUUUUAAAAUUGUAAAAAUGUAUUUGUUGAGGUAAAACCGUUUUUUAAAGAAUUUUUUUA